UUCGCCCAGCGCGGAUAACGACGAAAUGGACGACGCGUCAACGUGCAAAUUGGCAAAUUGUUGUUGUUAUUGUUGUUGUUGUUCGAUUUGCACGCGUUGCUGUUGCUCUCGUUAUUGUUAUUGUUGUUCGAGUGCCCAGCGGCAUUGCGGAAAUUGUUAUUGUUAAUAAACGCCAACAACAACAACACACAAAAACAACAAAAAAACUGUUAAAUUUGUGAAGAGCCAAAAAUUUUAGGAAAUGCAGCACACUUGCUGAACUGAAAGGUUAUCAAUCAAACCAAUCAACCAAUCCAUCACUCUCCACCAUGGAUGGCUCACCGAUGGCGCUGACGUUCACCAGCUUGGGAUUGCUUCUGGUUCUGCUGUUGAUGUGCCUCCUGGUGGCAUGCCACUGUUUGGGGCCACGUGCCGCAAGUUGGAUGCGCAUGCGUUCGCGCUCCAGCAAGGAGGAGAAGAUCGGAUUGUCCAAGCACAAGCAUAAGCUCUUCCAUCCCAAUGGCUACAUGGCCAGCAUUCAAUCCGGUUCGGAGUUUCUGCUGAGCACCAGCGGCAGCUUCAAGCGCUUCGACACCAUUGACAAGGAGGACUACAAUCGCUCGCAGCAGCAGCAACAGUUGCUGCAACUGCAGCACCACCAACAGCAACAGCAUCAUCAUCAGCAACAGCAGCCACAACAAGCACAGAUGCAACAGCAGCAGCAGCUGAUUGGAAAUGGCGGCGAGACGAGUACGACACCGUUGUGGAAUCUGCCACAAGCGGAUGUCAGCAUUCCGCCGCAGCCGCUGCGUCCGGCGCCGGCGCCAAACAGCGCUGGGCCAAGCAGCAAGACUGUGACGUUCUCCUUUAGCCAAAUCAAUGAGCUCAGCUCGCCGACAGCAACAGCGACAACAGCAACAGCGACAGCGAUGGAAACGCAGCCGCGUUCGUGCUUGCGUGGCACAGUGCCACAAGCAUUGGAGGCGCCACCGCCGCCCCGAUUAACGACAUCCGCAUCGGUGACGCUGUCGGCAACCGCAAUACCGCGUCCGAUUGCCAAGCGGCAGAUAUCGCUGCAGCAGGGCAUCAACAGCACGACAGCAACCACAACAGCAGUCACGACAACAACCACAACAACAACAACAACAUCAGUAGUGGAGUCCGAACUUCAACCGGAGUCGCAACCGAAGUCGGAGUCCCAAACGGAGCCGGAACCGGAGCGACGUGCGCCAGCAUUGAAGCGUCGCAACUCGAGCACAAAUCCCUUUCUCUGCGAGUCGAUGGAGCAAGCAACCCCGACUCCGACCCCGACGCCUCCUCCCCACCCCGCUGUUGCCGCACCCCCCCACAACGGCAAUCCGUUUGUGCAUGGCCAGAGUCUGUCCAGUCGGCUGCUGAAGCUGCACAACACCAACAAUCCGUUCUCGGGUCUCACGCAACGUGUCAAAGGACCUCACAUGCUGCAGAAGACCAUCUCGGAGGAUUAUCUGUUCCGCAAACUGGGCGCCAAUGGACACGCCAAUCUGACCAAUGGCAAUGCGAACUCAAAUUCAAACAACUCAACGAAUGGCAAUUCCACGUGGUGCUUUGGUCGCUCCCUCAUGCGUCAGGAUUCAAGCAUCAGUUUGGGUCUGGGCCGGCGGAAUAGUUCGCAAAUGUCGCUCGAUGGAUCGAUGGAUGGCAUUCACUUGGAGCACGGCAUCUCGUGUGAUUCGGUCAACUCGGAUGCCUCGUCGCUGUGCCUCGAUCAGCUCGAUCAGCCGUACACACAGAUCACAGGGUAUCUAUGCGUCGGUUUGCAAUUCGAAAAACACAACGGCCACAGCGAGGAGCAGCUGGAUCUGACGGUCAGUGUGCUGGAGGCCAAGGAUCUCAUCUAUCCGCUCAGCAUGGGCAUCGACUCGCUGGACACCUUUGUGCGCAUCUAUUUGGUGCCCGAUCAUGCCGGUGGCAUGCAGACCAAGGUGGUACAAUCGUCACUGACUCCGGCGUACAACGAGACGUUCAACUUCCGGCUGAAGCGACAGCACGGUCGCCACUCGCUGUGGUUCCAUCUCUAUCACAACGGACCCGCUCACACGCUGAUCGGCGAGGCGGAGAUGGAGAUUGGCGAGAUGGUGCGUCCUGUUACCACAUGGAUACCGCUCUCCGAUUCACGCAAGUGCAACGCUCGCUGGGGCGAGCUGAUGUUCUCUCUGAGCUAUCUCCCCACAGCGGAGCGUCUGACAAUUGUGGUGGUCAAGGCGCGUAAUCUGAAACUGCAGCCAGACAGCGACACGGCGGACGGAGAAGCGGAGCAACCGCCCAUCAAGACGCACUCACCAAACGCGGGUGCACUCCAGCAUGUGUUUGUCAAGGUCUACCUGAUGAACAACGACAAGAAGGUGCUGAAGAAGCGCACUUCGUUGAAGCGUCAAGAUCGCUCGCCCACAUUCAACGAGUCGAUGAUCUUCAGUCUGCCGCCUCAAGGUCUGACCACAGUGCAACUGCGUCUCACGGUCUUUGGGGUCACGGAGGCGGGCACCUUGCCCUUGGGUCAUGUCAUCGCCGGCAGCUGUGCGGUGGGCAAGGGACUGCGCCACUGGCAUCAGAUGCUCUCCUCGCUGCGCAAACCGGUUGCCAUGUGGCAUGUCCUGCGGCGAGCUGUCAAUCAGCCGGUCUUCGUUGGCGGCGCUGAGGCUGUGGUGGCUGCCAUGCAGAGCACUUUGCAGCGAGCGAGUGCCAAGCGUAACAGCAUUGUUUAGAUGAAAUGUUAUCGAUAACGAUAUGUCGAUUAUCGAUAUAUAAUAAUCGACUGUUCACUAUCGAUUAUGAAGCGUCGCGUAAUUGACAGACAGGUGAAAUAUUUUCGAUAACGAUAUUUUGGUUAUCGAUAUAAAGCAAUCGACUGCUCACUAUCGACUAUUAAGCGUCGCGUAAUUGACAGACAGGUGAAAUAUUAUCGAUAACGAUAUGUUGGUUAUCGAUGUAUAGCAAUCGACUGUUCACUAUCGAUUAUCAAGCGUCGCGUAAUUGACACACAGGUGAAAUAUUAUCGAUAUCGAUAUGUUGGUUAUCGAUAUAAAGCAAUCGACUGUCCACUAUCGAUUAUCAAGCGUCGCGUAAUUGACAGACAGGUGAAAUAUUAUCGAUAACGAUAUAUUGGUUAUCGAUAUAUAGCAAUCGACUGUCCACUAUC